AUGUCGGACGAUACAAUCAAUAUCUUGCCCCUCGGUGGCAUCAUCCAGGCCUUCCGAGUCAACGGAAUAAAUCUCGUACACGGCUUCCCUACACAGGAGCUCUACGAGGCGCAUAACUCGCCCUUUUACGGCGAAACCAUUGGCCGCGUCGCAAACCGUAUUGCUGGCGCCACUAUCCAAAGUCUCAAUAGCAAAUCGUACGCUCUCGCUGCAAACAACGGCCACAACACGCUCCACGGUGGCAAGUCAGGUUGGGGCAAGAAGAUCUGGAAAGGCCCUGUGCCCAUUGGUGUGCGCAGUGUCCCUGGCGUCGAUAACCUGCAAGGAGGCGAGAGCGUGCAAUUCACACUCAUCAGUCCAGAUGGCGACGAGGGCUUCCCAGGAACAGUCGAGGUCAAAGCGACAUACACGUCAGGCACACAGAUCAUUGACGGAAAGACAGCCACCAUCCUCGCCAUAGAGUAUGAAGCCACCCUGCUGGAUGGCGAAGAGACGACUGUCAACAUCACCAACCACUCGUACUUUAACCUCACCAACGAGCUGUCCUUUGCAGGCACGCAGGUCUCCCUCGGCACCAACAGCCAUCUACCAAUGGACUCAACGGGUAUUCCUACUUCGGGCCCGACUGCGUUCCCAGGCAUCGACACGACACAGACAUUUACGCUCGGCGCGACAGAGCCUAGCAUCGACCACUGCUUCACACCCGUGACGGAUCCCUCCAGCGUGCCUAUUGAUACAAGAAACGAACCACUACGCCUCAACAUGCGCGCGUUCCACCCGUCCACAGGCAUCCAUCUGGACGUGCUAUCCACGGAGCCAGGCUUCCAGUUCUACACGGGCGACUUUACUAACGUCCCCGAAAUUGAAGGCCUCCCGGCAAGAGGCGGCCGCUCUGCCUUCUGCUGCGAACCAGGACGCUGGACCAACGCCGUCAAUGUCGAUGCCUGGCGAGGCAUGACGGUCCUGAAGAAGGGCGCAGUAUACGGAAGCAGAAUUGUCUACCGCGGAUGGUCUGACUAA